AUGUUAAAGAGAGCAGUUUCAUCAUCAGCUUGCCAUCUUCAUCAUGGUGCAAACAAGAAUCCAAGUUUGCUCCUAGCAAACAUUUCUUCCAAUCAAUCCGUUAAUUACAAUAAUUAUAUUGCUUCCGUACAAAGCAAGAAUAUGGAAGAAGCCAAAAAGAACACUUUGCUCCUCUAUCGUAGGCUUUUGAAAAUUUUGCCAUGGAUGAGAGACGUGUACCAUCUUCCUGUGGAUGUCCCUGUUUUAAGAAAAAGAAUCCACAAGGAAUUUGAGUCUUAUAAAGGACUAACAGAUCUUGAUGUGAUUGAUGCUUUAAUUAUUCGUGGAUAUAUUGAACGUGAAGAGGCAACCAUGCAUCACAAACAAAGAGGACACGUCUUGAAAUACUUCUACGAAGCUGAAGUCGAAAAGUCUCUUCCUAAAUUGCCAGAGUUUAAGAAGAUUGUUAAAGAAAAGAUUGAUACUGACGCACUUAUUAAUGCUGCCAGACGUAAAAAUCUCGGAAAAUAUAUCAAAAACAUUGACCAAUAA